AUGUAUUCUAUUUUCACUGUAAUCAUCAGACGUUUUGUAGCAGUUUGUUAGACGUCAGCGAGUCUGUACUGCUUGUUAGAUAGUUAUCAAUUUGCGUUACCAAUUGAAAAAUGACCAGCAUUAUAUGUUCAGUAAGAGGGUGCCAUAACAACUCGAAGUAAAGACAGGAGUUUUUACAGAAAGAAUGUUUUGAACAUCAACCUCAACUUCAGUCUUAGUGCACCUGUUGAGCUCCGUAUGACCUGCAACCACCUCUGAAGGAGGACGAAGCUCUGAGACUCUGGUUGAAUGCUUUGAAUCUGAAAAACCCACGUCUUUUUGUGUGUUCCUUCCACUUUGUAGAUAAAAAGCCAACGAAAGAGUAUACCUACCCAGAGAAGUGGCUUGGCUAUGAAGCUCCUUUGAAGAAACCACAUUGGGUGCUAGUCAGGCAGUCAGCAUGGAGCAUGAAGCCAUGGAUCUGGAUGUGCCAAACUCCCAGAGUGAUGUUGGGUGCCAGUGGGAUGACCGCACACUUGGCAACCAUGGCUACAGUUCAAGUCUCCCCCUGAUGCCCUUGCCCACCACUGCUGACCGCGGAACACAAUGUGCCGAGCCUCUCUUCAAGACUUCAGGAGGACCGAAGCUCUCUCUCUGCUCUAUACUGGCUUGUCGCUUGCUGCCUUUUGUUCAGUGGCUGAACACCUUAUACCUUUCUACAAAGGAAGCUUCCAGCUCGACCCAACAGACCAGCUUCUGAUGACUUUGAUGAAGUUGAGGCUUAAUCUGCUCCGGGAUGACUUGGCUGAAAGAUUUAAUGUGUCUCAGAGUGUUAUUAGCCGAGUAUUGAGCUACUGGAUUGACCUCAUGGAAGAAAAUAUGAGGGAAUACAUUCCUUGGCUUCCAAGGGAAACUAUCCAAUGCUACAAUGCCCCAGUGCUUUAAAGAACACUACCAAGGCACAACUUGCAUCAUAGACUGCUCCAAGACCCCCCUCUAAAAGGCCAGGAAUCUGGAUUCCUGGGGAGAGUCUUUUAGCCACUACUAUGCCCAGAACACAGUCAAGUACCUGGUGGCAAUUGCACCCUGUGGCCUAGUAAUGUUCAUCUUCCCAGCUUACGGAGGUAGUAGUAGUGACAAAUUCAUUACAUCCGACUCGGGGUUCCUGGAAUACCUGUGUCCAGGAGAUGAGGUCCUGGCUGACCAUCCGUGACCUGCUCUGUGAAAGGAAGGUAAAACUCACAGUACCUGCCUUUACUGAAUUAGGGCCGCAGCUUUCUGAAGAAGACACCACCAGCACAAGGAGGACUGCUAAUAUGAGAGUUCAUGUGGAAUAUAUGAAUAUAUGCAUUAUAUGCAGAUUAAAGCACUCUAGAAUUAUUUCACAGGUUGUGCCAAUAAACCUUGCACCAAAAAUUGACAAAAUUCUGAGAAUUUGUGCUGUCCUGUGUAACCUGCAAGGUGACAUGAUUCAUGAAGAUGCUGAGUGAGAUAGACUGAAAACUGUUCAACUGUGAUGUUAUUCACAAAAGACAUACAAGAAAUGUACAGUAAAACGUUAAAAUUAUAACAAAGUUUAUUAAAGACAUACUAAUUUCAACAGCAUUCAACAAUGAAAUAGAUUUUUUUUAAACUGCUUGAAUGUUUUGUAUUAAAGCAGUUUUGGCAUUACAGUUUUAAUUUUGUUUCUGCAGUUUAUUUUGUCAAUUGAGAAACUAAUGAUGUUUUCAACACAUACAAAAGUGUCACAUUUUCAUCUGCAAACAUUUAUUUUUAUUAAUAUUACCAAGUGGGCUUUAUUUUCCAUCUUAUGUUACAUUGGCGUUGUGGUCAGUGGUUGUUAGGUUUGAGAAAAAAGACUGUGGUGUGUGGGUUUUGUAACCCCCACAGUGCCACUAAGGUUGUUUUUCACAUUUCACAUUGUGUUUCACAUUGAAUGUGAAACACUUUUGACCUAAAUGUUAUGUUGUAUAAUGGUUAAGAUAGCAGCAACCAUUGCAGAUAUUUUAUAUUUUAGCUAAAUAGUGGUAAUAUGGCUAAAGUUAGGAGCUUAUGUUACAGGUAUUUUACAUUUAACUGAAUGUUAGCCUUCAAGAUGUCUAAAGUUAGGAGCUAAUGUUACAGGUACUUUACAGUUUAGCUGAAUGUUUGUAUUCAUAAUGUCUAAAGUUAGGAGCUGAUGUUACAGGUACUUUACAUGUUAGCUGAAUGUUAGCAUUCAUGAUGGCUAAAGUUGGGAGCUAAUGUUACAGGUACUUUACAGUUUAGCUGAAUGUUUGCAUUCGUGAUGGCUGAAGUUAGGAGCUAAUGUUACAAAUAUUUUACAUUUUAGCUGAAUGUUAGCCUUCAUGAUGUCUAAUAUUAGGAGCUAAUGUUACAGGUACUUAACAUGUAAGCUGAAUGUUAGCCUUCAUGAUGGCUAAAGUUAGGAGCUAAUGUUACAGGUACUUUACAUUUUAGCUGAAUGUUCGCAUUCAUGAUGGCUAAAGUUAGGAGCUAAUGUUACUGAUAUUUUACAUUUUAGCUGAAUGUCAGCCUUCAUGAUGGCUUAAGUUAUCAGCUAAUUAGCAACUAAUGUUGCAGAUAUUUUACAGUUUAGCCGAAUUAGUCUGUAUGAUAGUUACAGAUAGCAGCUAAUGUUACAGAUAUUUUACAUUUUAGUUGAAUGUUAGCCUGUAUGAUAGCUAUUGUUAUCAGCUAAUGUUACAGAUAUUUUACAUUUUAGCUGAAUGCUAGCUUUUUUGAUGCAGCUAAAUUUAUUGGCAUUUAAUCACUUUCUAUUUACCUUAGCCUUCAUAAUGGCCAAGACAGUGCAGCAUUGCAUUAUGUGCUUUGUCUUUUAUGAAAUUAUGAAAUUAUGAAAAAAAGAAAAAUAGGUUCCAGUUGAAGUAUUAACAAGUUAUGCCAGCCUUACAUCAAAUGACUUUUCAAACAAUUUCACUGUUGCAGUCAAAUUUCCAAUGUCAGAAUAAAAUCAUGAAAGUUUUGCUAGAGUUGUGGCGUGUUCCCGUCAUCUCAAUUGUUUGGUGUAAGUUGGUCAUUAGUUGUGGUCAGUGACUUCUAAAUACAGCACUUCACCAAAAAGUCAAAUGUUUCAAGAAGUGCACUUCGCCCAAGAUAUCUGAUCUUGCACAACUGUCUUCAAGCCUGCUUGAAUUGCGAGCAUGAUAAACAACACGGGAACACCCUCCUGUGAGAAAAAUAAAUAGACAGACCAAAAUUAUACAUCACUUCAUUUCCUCCUCCAAUGUGAUAUGAAUGACACACAGCGGACUGAUGUCAUUCGAAAGAAUAAGGAAGAGGGUUGAAAAGGGGAAGUGGCAAAUUCUUAAAGUAAUAGAGCUGACCCACAACUGUUUUUAAUAGAAGCACCUAAAAGUAAUCUCCUUUUUAGAUUGUCUUUCCAAAAUUUUCCAUCUCUCCAAAUUUCCACCAAUUUUCUCUGUUUUGGUUAAAGUUAAUAACACAACUUUAAGAUUUAAUUUGUCAGAAUGAUAUCUGAAGAUAACAAAAACUUCACCAUGACAAUGUCAAACUCCACAACUCCAAUUCCUGGUGAUGGAGGCUGCGGCGGAGGUGGCUGCCCACCAGUCCGUAGUCAACUGGAGGGUGCCAUCCUGCCCCCUGUUAUCACCAUCGACGUCAUACUGGGGCUGCUGGGAAACAUAGUUGCUCUGUGGAUCUUUUGCUUUAAACUGAAGGCCUGGAAUAUCAACAACCUGUUCCUCUUCAACCUGGUUAUCGCCGACUUCCUGGCUCUCGUGAGUCUUCCUCUCAGGAUCGAUGACUUUCUCAGAGGCCACUGGGUUUUUGGUGAUGGCUUGUGCAGGAUCAACCUCUUCCUGAUGUAUUCCAACCGCUCAGCCAGCAUCGCGCUCAUGACCGUGGUGGCAAUUUACCGUUACUUUAAGGUGGUCCACCCUCACCACUGGUUCAACCGUAUGACCAAGAGAAAGGCUGCGUACGUGUUGCUGUUUGUCUGGCUGUUGGUCAUCAGUCUUUGGGCUCCCAUACUGGCUAACAACCACAUCAAAGGCAGCAGCAACAGCACCCAGUGCUUAUACCUCACUUCUUCACUCACCAUCUUGGUCAAAAUGCACCGCAUCGUGGCGGUGCUGGAGUUCAUCAUCCCACUGGCCGCGCUACUGUUCUGCUCCAUCCGGAUUUCCAGCUUUCUGAGGCAGCGGCAGAUGGGAAAACUUGAAAAGGGGCGCAAGGCGAUGAGGGUGUGCAACGCCAUCGUCGCUGUGUACAUAGUGUGCUUCUUACCGACCAUGGUGACGACCAUCGGGCUGAGGGUCAUCCGCUCGUACCGCCCACAGGACUGUGCCACCCUCUACACUUUCACCAAGCUCACCAUCGUGUCUUUGGGGCUGAACUUCCUGAACUCGGCUCUGGACCCCAUCUUGUACGUCUUCUCCAGCUCCAUGUUCAGGAGGGCACUCUGCAGCUUGCUUCCCCAUUUCCUGCGCUGCGGUCAGGACGCAGGCGAUGUAGAGGAGACUGAAAGUCAGUCGACCACCGAGCAGGAACUGAAAUCCGUGAGGGCUGACAAAGGGAAUGAAGCCAUAUGCCUGUGAUCUCACACUGGAUCCAGACACAGCAAACAUCGAACUCACUCUGUCUGAGGGCAAUAAGAAGGCAACGCACGGAGC